CUCAAGCAGCGCCCGCCGUCGUUGCCGCUGGUUGCCGCUGGUCACCGAGCCUCUGCGCUCCGAGAGCCAUGGCCACGAUGUGGGGCGCCGCCCAGGAGUCUCCCGUGGACAAGGCCGUGGACGUUAGCGUGGAGAAGGCCGUGGAUGUCAGCGUGCACACAGACUUUGCGCCGUCCGGCAAUCAGGUGCUCGCCGAGGGCAUCCGGGGCCUCUACGAGCGCCGGGAGCUCUGCGACGCGUGCCUGACGGUCGGCGGCGAGAAGUUCCCGGUGCACCGCGCGAUGCUCGCCUCCAUGAGCUCGAACUUCCGCGGCUUCCUGCACCAGCUGCCGUCGAGGGCCGCGGCCGGAGCCGGCGCCGAAGCGGGCGCCGACCCGAUGAAGGGGAUGCUGACGCCGGCGACGGCGGCGGCGCCGCACCCUCCGAGCCCCACGGCGGCGGGCGGGGCGCCGCCCGCGGCGCCGACCCCCGCGGCGCCCUCGGCUGGCGCGGAGGGCCCC